UGGAGCAGGACGCGCUUUGCUUUGCGCGUGAAUGGACCGUCCACCUCCCAACCCUCCAUAAGACACUCGACUUUUGAAAUGCCUUCGCUGAAUGUGACAGCCGUGCACACCAUGGCUGAGGUCGGGUCUUUUCUGGGGACACUCGACUUGGAUUUACAGAGUUUCCCUGCGCUCGGGACGGUUCCUCUGGUGGAGUCUCCGGGCGGCCUGAAUGAGCGUCUGGGGCAGAUAGAAGGGAGGCUGCAGCGGGGCUCGCCCACGGACUUCGGACACCUCAAAGGGAUCCUCAGGCGGCGGCAGCUUUACUGCAGGACCGGCUUCCAACUAGAAAUAUUCCCCAACGGGACAGUGCACGGGACACGGCAGGACCACAGCAGAUUCGGUAUACUGGAGUUCAUCAGUCUGGCGGUCGGCCUGGUCAGUAUCAGGGGAGUGGACGCUGGACUUUACCUGGGCAUGAACGAGAAAGGAGAGCUCUAUGGGUCGAAGAAGCUGACGGCCGAGUGCGUGUUCAGGGAGCAGUUUGAGGAGAACUGGUACAACACGUACGCGUCGACUCUUUACAAACACACGGACACGGGACGAUUUUACUACGUCGCCCUGAACAAAGAUGGCUCCCCCAGAGAAGGGAGUCGGACUAAAAGACACCAGAAACUCACACAUUUCUUACCCAGACCGGUGGAGAUCGAGCGGAUACCGCAGGCGUACAGGGACUCGUUCCAGUACAGGUGACCGCGGCCGUCCGAGGGGUCAGAGGGGACGAGCUGGUGUGAAGAUGCUGGACCUGCCAUGAAACUGUUUAUUCAAGAUGGAGCUGGUUUCAAACCUCCUGAAGUCACUUUGUGAAGCCUCUGCCAAGUUUGUGGAGCACGGACAUAAACACGACGAGAGG